AUGAGGCGCGGGGCGCCCUGCCCGCCCGGCGCCAACGGCUCCGAGCCGGGCGGCCCGCGCGCCUCGGCCUGCGGCGCCGUCUCCGUGGCCUUCCCGCUGAGCAUGAUGAUCGCGGGCGCCGUGGGCAACGCGCUGGCCAUGGCGCUCGUGUCGCGCUCCUACGGCGCCAAGGAGAACCGCCGCAAGCGCUCCUUCCUGCUCUGCAUCGGCUCGCUGGCCCUCACCGACCUGGCCGGCCAACUGCUCACCAGCCCCAUCGUCAUCGCCGUGUACCUGUCGGAGCGCGCCUGGGCCGCCCUCGACCCCUCGGGCCACCUCUGCACCUUCUUCGGCGUCAGCAUGACGGUCUUCGGGCUCUGCCCGCUCUUCAUCGCCAGCGCCAUGGCCGUGGAGAGGGCCCUGGCCAUCCGCACGCCGCACUGGUACGCCAGCCACAUGAAGACGCGCGUGACGCGCCUGGUGCUGCUGGGCAUCUGGCUGGCCGUGCUGGGCUUCGCGCUGCUGCCCGUGGCCGGCGUGGGCCGCUACACGCUGCAGUGGCCCGGCACGUGGUGCUUCAUCAGCACCGGCGACGACGCCUUCGCCGGCAGCAUCUUCUUCGCCUCCACCUUCGCUGUCCUGGGGCUCUCCUCGCUCUUCGUCACCGUGGCCUGCAACCUGGCCACCAUCGCGGCRCUGGUGUCCCGCUGCCGCUCCAAGGCCACGGCCUCCCACUCCAGCAAGCAGUGGGGGCGGAUUGCCACCGAGACGCUCAUCCAGCUCCUGGGCAUCAUGUGCGUGCUCUCGGCGUGCUGGUCGCCGCUGCUGAUAACCAUGUUGAAAAUGGUCUUCAGCCACACGUCCUUCGAGCACUGCAACGGCUCCAGCAGCGCAGCCCGGGGCUCGGGGCGGCAGAAGGACUGCAAUUUCUUCCUGACGGCCGUGCGCUUGGCCUCUCUCAACCAGAUACUGGAUCCAUGGGUCUAUCUGCUGCUGCGCAAGAUCCUGCUCCAGAAGUUCUGCCAGGCAGCCAGUGCUGUCUCCAAGUGCUCUAACAACGAGUGGAAAGAGAGGUCGAUAACAUUAUCAGAGGAAAUCAGACGGACAACAGCGUGAAGGAAUAUCGACCAGUGUGCAUGAAAACUGCUUUUGUCUUAAAUCUUACUGUGAACUGGGGUAGCUGUAGCAUGUUAGUGCCUACGCAGUAGCUGAAAAUGGUGUUACCGAAUGGACAUAGAGUGCCAAAUAAUUGUAUAACCUAUGUGCCAAAAACUCACACGAGUAUAGACAGAGGAAUUAUUUUGUUUGCUAAAUUCUGCUGUUAUUGUAAUUCAUAACUGAUCGUUACCUUUUGUGUGCCUAGAAUAUAUUUUGGAAGGGUUUUU